AUGUAUGGUAUGGUGGGUGGUCCCCAGUACUUAACUCUGACUCGCCCAGAGAUUUCGUUUGCUGUUGGACUUGUAGACAAGUUUAUGCAGUCUCCUCGGGUCCCUCAUUUAGUAGCUGCUAAACAUCGUCGCUCCACUACUGGCUUUUGCCUUUUCUUCGUUGACUCUCAACUAUCUUGGAAGAGCAAGAAAGAGAUAGUGGUUGCUCGCUCUAGUGCAGAAGCCGAGUACAGGGCUCUUGCUGAUACUACAUCAGAGAUUAUUUUGUUGCGAUGCUUACUUAAAGAUAUGGGACUCACUCUUUCUGGGCCUACUAUUCUCUUUUGUGACAACAAGAGUGCUAUCCAAGCACACAAUGAUGUCUUUCAUGAGUGA